AUGAGCUAUCUGGACUACAGCGAUUACAACUACACAGAUGACGAUUGCCAGAGUGGCCUUCAGGUUCCUGUGGAUGGGCGUCCCCUCAAGCACCAGGUUCCUCCUCUGGAUGUGGCCGCGCUGGUCAUCUUCACCCUCGUCUUCCUGGUGGGGGUACCGGGCAACGCCUUGGUGAUCUGGGUGACAGGGUCCGAGGUCAGGCGGGCCAUCAAUGCCAUCUGGUUCCUCAACCUGGCGGUGGCCGACCUCCUAUCCUGCCUGGCGCUGCCUAUCAUUUUCAUCUCCAAGGUCUCGGACAACCACUGGCCCUUUGGCCGGGGCGCCUGCAAGGUGGUGCCUUCCCUUAUCCUGCUCAACAUGUACGCCAGCAUCCUGCUCCUCGCCACCAUCAGCGCCGACCGUUUCCUGCUGGUCUUCAAUCCCAUCUGGUGCCAGAACGUGCGAGGGGCUCGCCUGGCCUGGAUGGCUUGUGGAGUCGCCUGGGUCGUGGCCCUCCUCCUGACCAUCCCUUCCUUCUUGUACCGGACCACCCACGAGGAACAAUUUCCCACCAGGACCACGUGCAGCAUCAACUACGGGACAGGCAAUCACACGGAGUUGGCAGUGGCCAGUGUCCGGCUGGUCGUGGGCUUCCUGUGGCCACUCAUCACCCUCUCCGUCUGCUACACCUUCCUGCUGCUUCGCACCUGGAGGCGCAAGGCCACGCGCUCCACCAAGACCCUGAAGGUGGUGGUGGCCGUGGUCAGCAGCUUCUUUGUCUUCUGGCUGCCCUACCAGGUCACCGGCAUGUUCUUGGCUUUGUACGAGAGCAAAUCCCCCACCUUCAAGUUUGUCCAGAAGAUUGACGCACUGACCAUCUCCCUGGCUUACGUCAACUGCUGUAUCAACCCCAUCAUCUACGUGGCCGCCGGCAGGGGCUUCCAGACCUUGUGUCGCAAAUCCUUCCGUGCCAUGCUUCGCAACGUGCUAACGGAGGAGUCGGUGAGCAAGGAGAGCAAGAGUACCCAUGCCUCCACGGUGCACACGAUGACGGAGAAGACCGAGGCAGUGUAAAGGGACGCCGGCCAGCCACCUGGGGCGCCGUCUUCCUUCGGACACGGCCCUGGGUGUGCUCAGUGGCCUUGCUUGGAUCCAUGCUCUCCCAUCCCCAGAUUGGUCCAGCCUUCCUCUUCUGGGCGAACUCAGCUCAUCUUCUUUGCUUCCAAGAUUAACCCCUUCUUCCAGGGUCCCCCAAGGAGCGAGCCCUGGUCGGGCAAGGUUAGUUGCUCAGCUGCUUAACCAAAACGUUGGGAGGUGGGGACGGGUUGCAGCCCACCCUGAGGCUCCGCGGAAGAAAGAUUUGGCGACUUGCCACAUCAAGAGGACAACCCAAGUAACUCUCAGGGCCAGUUCUGCUGGGUCCUACUGGGGCACUAUGGGUCGACAUCCACUCCAUGCUACUUGGGAGCCACCGUGUAUAUCCAAUUUUCCUUUCCACUGGAGGCUCUCCGAUGCCUUCUGUCAGAAUACCUAUCUCUGUCCAUGCCUUUGUUCUAUAGGCCCGUCACAACUAUGGAAAACUCAUGCACAUAGAGAUGUUUCACACCGACGGCCCAAAAAUCCGGUGCGUUUUUGUUUUAUUUUAGGUUCUAUACCCAGGGAACGUCAUCACUAUUGUAAGGUAGAUUCGGUGAUGGAGAGAAAGAAAGAAAGAAAGAAAGAGAGAGAGAGAGAAAGGCAAAGAUAGGAAACCGUUUCUAAGAUUUAUUUCAGAGCUCCUGGGCAAGGUUCAUGGGUCCCUAAUUGGGGCCGGAGAAGUGGAGCCCCUCCUGGGAGGGAGGUGAGGAGUUCUAUAGUCUGGGGGGAGGGAGUAGCUGGGGAAUUUUCCACUGCAACGUGGUUGUCUGCAGAUCCAGAGCUAAGCAACAGUGUUCAAAGUUCUCUGCCGUGGCUAGUCUUCUGCACCUGGGCCUGAAGGCCAUCUAAGGGGGGUGGGGUGGGGGCUGGCUUCUCUAGUAUCCUUGAAGUGUUGUCACGAGCUCCCGGUAUCUCUGCCUGCCUGCCCUGCUACCUCCAGCUUCUGCCUGACACCUGUGAUUGUGGUAAACGUACAUCUAAGGAACAACACAUUUGCCAUUUAGACAUUUUUUUUUUCAGUUGUGGUAAAAAGGUCGAGACUAAAACAUUUGCCAAGGCAACCGCUUAGCUUUUUCUCUCGUCUUUCUUUUCUAUCUUCUUUU